AUGCGAGCCCUCGUCUUCCCACUGCUCCUAGGAGCCGUCUUCGGAGUACUCACUGCCUCCCUUUCCAAGGCGCUUCGUUAUCAAGCCCCCGACGAGUGCAAGUGGAUGGCUGUCACCUCGGAUGGCGAAGAAGAGGUGUCCACCGCUACCGAACCCGACCAGGAGGUAGCCCUUAUUUGCCGACUUAAGACAAUUAAUUCGGAAUUAGAAAAUACAAAUUUUUCAGUGAUUCAAGCGCAGUAUACAGUGCGGCUAAGGAUAUUUUGUGCCGAACAAUUAUAUUUUCACAGUUCCCUGACACCAGGGAGCCUACAGACUCUGACAGAUCUGAAAGAUCUCUCGAUAGAGUACUGUAAGAUUGCCAACUUGACAGCGGGAGCUUUUCGCGGCCUGCGACAGCUUCGAAAUCUGACACUGAGGACCCACAACAACGAUUGGUCCCCAGUCUCAUUGGAUAUAUACAACGGAGUCUUUGCUGAAGACCUAGGUUUAUUAGAAAGAUUAGAUCUCAGUAUGAACAAUAUUUGGAGCCUCCCAGAAGCUCUGUUUUGCCCGUUGCACAGUUUACAGUUCCUCAAUUUAACCAGAAACAGGCUGAGGGAUAUAUCUUCUCUUCGAUUUGGGAAUUCAGGACAUAGAUGUGGCCUCAAUCUGAGAACACUGGACUUAUCGAAUAACAGUAUCGAUUCUUUGCCUGCAUCUGGUUUCACAUCGCUAGGUAGGCUACUAGAAAUGCAUUUAGAAAGUAAUGUGAUAACAUUUAUGGCCGAUCAUGCUUUAGAUGGUCUGACAUCGCUAACAUACUUGAACCUCGCGGAUAAUAAACUAGUCAAUUUGCCACCAGAAAUAUUCGCCGAUACACGUGAGUUAAAAGAACUUCAUCUUCAAAACAAUUCUAUAAACGUUCUUGCACCAGGUCUUUUCAAUGGACUUAGUAAUUUACUAGUUUUAGAUUUAUCAGAAAACGAACUGACUGAAGAGUGGAUUAACGGUGCAACUUUUUCCGGUCUUUUGAGGCUUGUAAUAUUAAGUAUUUCAGGAAACAAACUAGUGAAACUAGAAACUUCAGUGUUUAGAGACUUGUACAGUUUACAAGUACUGAGGCUAGAAGAUAACGCCAUAGAAUAUAUAGCCGAUAACACAUUCGUCUCGCUGAACAACCUGCAUACGCUGUCUCUUUCUAAUAAUAAACUGACGAGGAUAGACAGCAACACACUUAGUGGCCUUUAUGUACUAAACGUCCUUUCACUAGACAGCAACGCUAUUCAAUACAUCGACCCGGAAGCAUUAAGAAAUUCUACUAACCUUCAAGAUCUUCACCUCAAUAGCAACAAACUCUACGAUGUGCCCGCGGUUCUAUCAGACGUUCCUCAUUUAAAAACCCUUGACCUGGGUGAUAACAUGAUUACAGAACUCUUUAAUACUUCAUUCGCACACAUGCAAGAACUGGUCGGUCUGAGGUUGACUGAAAAUAAUUUGACAAAUAUAAAUAAAGGUGUUUUCGAUAAGAUGGCUUCUUUGAGAAUACUGAAUCUUUCAAGUAAUAAAUUACAACGAGUAGAAAACGGAACUUUCGAUGAAAACAAAAAUCUCCUCGCCGUGCGUUUGGACGGCAACUACCUCACCGAAAUCAAUGGACUUUUUGCUAAACUUCCAAAUUUAGUUUGGUUAAAUAUAUCAGAAAAUUUAUUACAUGUUUUCGACUACGCUUACAUACCAACAGGACUUCAGUGGCUAGACAUUCACAGCAAUCAAAUAACAGAACUGGGAAAUUAUUUCGAAAUCGAAAGUCAACUUCAUUUGACCAUGUUCGAUGCAAGUAGCAAUAAAUUGACUGAGAUUACUGGUAAUGCUAUUCCCGAUAGUGUAGAAAUAUUAAAUUUAUCCAAUAAUUUAAUAUCAAAAGUUCAAUCGUAUACAUUUUUCAAGAAGCCUAAUUUGACCAGGGUUGACUUAGUAGGGAAUCAAAUAAAAAUUGUUUCACAGAAUUCUUUAAGAAUUUCAACAAUACCUCUGGGAAAACCAUUACCCGAAUUUUACAUAGGAAACAAUCCGUUCCAGUGCGACUGUACAAUGCAGUGGCUGCAGCAAUACCCCGGCGAAUUGAAGGAGAGAAACAAACCACAGCUGAUGGACCUUGACUCAGUUGUUUGUAAACUGCUUUACAAUAGGGUAAGCUCUUAUGUAUUACUGAAAGAAGCUUCUCCAGACCAAUUCCUCUGCCAGUAUACAGCUAACUGUUUUCCUUUCUGCCACUGUUGUGACUUCGACGCUUGUGAUUGUGAAAUGACCUGCCCUACUAACUGUACAUGUUACCAUGACCUGUCAUGGUCGGCCAAUGUCGUAGACUGUUCCAAUGCCGGCUAUGUUGACAGCCUACCUGAAAGAAUUCCAAUGGAAUCGACACAGCUUUAUUUGGACGGCAACGACAUCAGAGUAAUAGGCAGCCACAGUUUCAUCGGUAGGAAGAAGCUCCAGGUUCUGUUUCUGAAUUCUUCUAAUAUCGAUAUUAUUCACAAUAGAACUUUUAACGGCCUAAAAGAUCUAGAACUCCUGCGGUUGGACAACAACAAAAUAAAGGAACUCAAUGGCUACGAAUUCACAGGCCUAGUGAGUCUGAGGGAAUUGUAUCUUCAGUACAACCACAUAUCUACUAUUCACAAUUCUACCUUCACGGCGCUGACGCAGCUCCGAAUUCUCAGGCUCGAUCACAAUAGGCUAUUCAAAUACUCCGUCUGGCAGCUGUCAUCACAGAUUACACGCCUCAGCAUUGGAGUCAAUCCCUGGUCAUGUGACUGUGAGUAUACUCAGAGGUUUAAAGAAUACUUAAUAUAUAGUAGUAGUGCCAUAGCUGACAUUGAACAAGUGCGCUGUUAUAACGGGACGGAAUAUGAAACAGGUUAUUCUAUUCUCAAGGACAAUAUAACAUGUGUGGAAGAAAAUAUAAGUAAUUUUAUUGAGACUCCAUUGAAUGGAAGUUAUACUUCAACGACAAUUAUUCAUCGCCAGGAGUUACAGGACUACAUUCCGCUUUUAGUAGCUACUUUAGCCAUUUUCUUUGCAAUUAUGGUUUUUUCGUGUCUUUUGUUUAUGUACAGGCAAGAGAUGCGAGUUUGGCUGCAUUCCAAGUUCGGGGUGAGGCUGUUUUACAGGACAACAGACAUCGAGCUGGACGAUCGCGACAAGUUAUUCGACGCGUUCGUGAGCUAUAGCGCCAAGGAUGAGGCGUUUGUGGCGGAGGAACUGGCGCCGAUGUUGGAGAACGGAGAUCCACCUUACAAACUCUGCCUCCACUACAGAGAGUUCCCGGUUGGCGGUUUUUUAGCCGACACGAUCGUCCAAGCUGUAGAAUCUUCACGACGGACGAUCAUGGUGCUCUCGGAGAACUUUAUCAAGUCGGAGUGGUGCCGAUUCGAGUUCAAAUCCGCACAUCACCAGGUGCUUCGGGACAGGCGGAAGAGGCUGAUCGUCAUAGUGCUGGGUGAGGUGCCGCAGAAGGACUUGGAUCCAGACAUCCGAUUGUACCUCAAGACGAACACAUAUCUUCAGUGGGGCGACAAACUGUUUUGGGAGAAACUCAAGUUUGCCCUGCCGGACGUUCCGAACAACCAGAGAGGACCGAAGGGUGGACACCACACCGCUGGCCGGCAUCACCACGUCCACCGCAACAACGCCAGGUCGGUUGCCAUUCAUAUAUAA